UUCUCAUAUCUCAUUCCACCACCCUUUUUUCCCUUUAUAAAUAAUCUCUUUUCCCUCCUCCCGCAGCCAAACAUUCCUCAUCCUCUUCUUCUAACCCCAAAACCCUAUUUCAUUCAUUCCUUCACCACCACACCCUCAAAACCUUACCCUAUCAAUUAUAACUUAUAAUCAUAAUCUCUUUCAGAAAUUCUUCAUUUCUUUCAAUUUUUUAUUUAUUUCUUAGAAACCUAAUUCAAUUACAAUUUGCAAUUAAACCUUAUUCUUCCAUCAAUUUCAAUCUCUUUAAACACUUAGCUCUCAACAACCACCACAACCACCGCCGCCACCACCGACGAUAACCUAAAAUGGCCAUUCCGUUCCCUCAUUUCAUCUCCUCCGAGAAAGCCGCCAUGGAAGCCGGUCUCCUCGUACCUUCCUCCCCCUCCUCCUCCGUCUCCGUAAUCCUUACCCAAGACGAUUUGAAGAAAAUCGCCGCCUACAAAGCCGUCGAAUACGUCGAAUCCGGCAUGGUUCUCGGCCUCGGAACCGGCUCAACUGCCAAACACGCUGUCAACCGUAUCGGUGAGCUUCUCCAGCAAGGGAAACUCAAGAACAUCAUUGGGAUACCAACCUCAACGAUCACUCACGAGCAGGCUCUGUCGUUAGGGAUUCCUUUAUCAGAUCUCGAUACUCAUCCUGUCGUCGAUCUCGCCAUCGACGGCGCUGAUGAAGUUGAUCCCUAUCUCAAUUUGGUGAAAGGACGCGGCGGCUCGCUUUUGAGAGAGAAAAUGGUGGAAGGUGCAUGCAAGAAAUUUGUUUGCAUUGUGGAUGAGUCAAAAUUGGUUAACUAUUUGGGUGGGAGCGGUUUGGCUAUGCCGGUUGAGGUUAUAAAAUUUUGUUGGAAAUACACUGCUGGGAGGCUUCAGAGUCUGUUUGAUGAAUCUGGUUGUGUUGUGAAGUUGAGAACUUUUGGUGAGAAGAAAGAGCCUUAUGUUACUGAUAAUGGGAAUUACAUUGUGGAUUUGUAUUUUGAGAAGAGUAUUGGUGAUUUGAAGGUGGCGAGUGACGCGAUUCUGAAUAUUGCUGGUGUUGUAGAGCAUGGAAUGUUUUUGGAUAUGGCUACUACUGUUAUUGUUGCAGGUGAACUUGGGUUAACUGUGAAGAAUAAGUAGUUGAGAAUUUGGGGUUUAAGGUUUAGAAGAAUAAUUUUUUAGCUUUAAUUAUUGGAUUUGAAAUGGGUUUCUAACAUUUUUAUAUGGUGUAGUGGUGAAGUAUUUAUUUAGUGAAUCGAUUAGAAGAGUUGGUUCUUGUUUUGUUUUCCUUGUUGGGGUUUAGGGUACUUUCAUAUAAUCCUUGUUGGAUUAAGUGUCUUGAUUCUCUGUUAGUGUAGUUUUGUAUUUUGACUUCAUUUGAGCAAGAAUAAAGGAAAUUGAGACUUAUGUAAGCUGAAUAUUAAGCUUAAAUAAGUUCUCUUUUGUGUGGUGCACUGAAUUAGUUCUCCACAUGAUUUCUUGUUGAA